AACCCUACCUCCCAUGGGGAUGGCAUCAAGCACACCAAGGAGACGGUGGCUGCACUCAGCGAGGUGGGCUGGAUGACCUCCGUCAAAGACUGGGCCGGGGUCAUGAUAUCAGCCCAGACACUGACGGGCAGAGUCCUGGUGGUGCUUGUCUUUGCCCUCAGCAUCGGAGCCCUUGUAAUAUACUUCAUAGAUUCCUCUGACCCCAUCGAGUCCUGUCAGAACUUCUACAAAGACUUCACGCUACAGAUCGACAUGGCUUUCAACGUCUUCUUCCUCUUGUACUUUGGUCUACGGUUCAUAGCGGCCAACGACAAGCUGUGGUUCUGGUUGGAGGUGAACUCAGUGGUGGACUUCUUCACAGUUCCCCCGGUGUUCGUGUCCGUCUAUCUCAACAGGAGCUGGCUCGGCUUGAGGUUUUUAAGGGCCUUAAGAUUGAUACAGUUCUCAGAAAUCUUACAGUUUUUGAAUAUAUUAAAAACAAGCAAUUCCAUAAAACUGGUGAACUUAUGUUCAAUCUUCAUAAGCACAUGGCUAACAGCUGCAGGCUUCAUACAUUUGGUGGAAAACUCAGGGGAUCCUUGGGAAAACUUCCAAAAUUCCCAGUCACUUUCCUACUGGGAAUGUGUCUACUUGCUCAUGGUUACCAUGUCCACUGUGGGCUAUGGAGACGUGUAUGCAAAAACCACCCUGGGCCGACUUUUCAUGGUGUUCUUCAUCCUUGGUGGUUUGGCCAUGUUUGCGAGCUACGUCCCUGAAAUCAUAGAGUUAAUAGGAAACCGCAAGAAAUAUGGUGGUUCCUAUAGUGCGGUUAAUGGGAGAAAGCACAUCGUGGUCUGUGGUCAUAUUACCCUUGAAAGUGUGUCCAACUUCCUGAAAGACUUCCUACACAAGGACAGGGAUGAUGUCAGUGUAGAAAUUGUUUUUCUCCAUAAUAUUUCCCCUAAUCUUGAGCUGGAAGCCUUGUUUAAACGGCACUUCACCCAGGUGGAGUUCUACCAGGGGUCUGUUCUCAACCCACACGACCUGGCCAGAGUCAAGAUAGAGUCAGCAGACGCCUGUUUGAUCCUAGCUAAUAAAUACUGUGCAGACCCUGAUGCUGAGGAUGCUUCCAACAUCAUGAGGGUGAUAUCCAUCAAGAACUACCACCCGAAGAUCAGAAUCAUUACCCAGAUGUUACAGUACCACAACAAGGCCCACCUUUUGAACAUUCCCAGUUGGAACUGGAAGGAGGGUGACGAUGCCAUUUGUCUUGCUGAGCUGAAGCUUGGCUUCAUCGCACAGAGUUGUCUGGCUCAAGGCCUCUCCACCAUGCUGGCCAACCUAUUCUCCAUGAGGUCCUUCAUCAAGAUUGAAGAGGACACGUGGCAGAAGUAUUACCUGGAAGGAGUAGCCAAUGAAAUGUACACUGAGUACCUGUCUAGUGCCUUUGUGGGUCUAUCCUUCCCCACCAUUUGUGAACUCUGCUAUGUGAAGCUGAAGCUGCUACUGAUCGCUAUCGAGUACAAGUCUGAUAUAAGGGAAAGCAGCACCCUCAUCAACCCUGGGAACCAUGUGAAGAUGCAGGAAGGAACCUUGGGGUUCUUCAUCGCCAGCGAUGCCAAAGAAGUUAAAAGGGCACUUUUCUACUGCAAAGCUUGUCACGAUGACAUCACAGAUCCCAAAAGGAUAAAGAAAUGUGGAUGCAAACGAUCAAAAAAUAACAUUAACGGAUAUAUCAAAUCAAUCGAAGAGGAGCAGCAGUCAGCUGUGUCGCCUAAAAAGAAACAACGCAACGGAAACACGAGGAACUCACCCAACGGUUCACCCAAAAUGAUGAGGCAUGAUCCUCUCCUCAUGCCGGGGAAUGAACAGAUUGAGAACAUGGAUGUGAACGUGAAGAAAUACGACUCCACAGGGAUGUUCCACUGGUGCCAGUCCAAAGACAUCGAGAAGGUCAUGUUGACCCGGAGUGAAGCGGCCAUGACAGUUCUAAGCGGCCACGUGGUCGUCUGUAUAUUUGGAGACGCGAAGUCGGCUUUGGUGGGCCUUAGGAACCUCGUGAUGCCUCUGAGAGCUAGCAACUUCCACUACCACGAGCUGAAACCCAUCGUGUUUGUGGGUUCUCUGGAGUAUCUGAAGAGGGAAUGGGAGACCCUUCACAACUUCCCCAAAGUCUCCAUCUUACCUGGCACACCGUUAAGCCGGGCCGAUCUGAGGGCCGUCAAUAUCAACCUCUGUGACAUGUGUGUCAUCCUGUCGGCCAAUCAGAGCAAUAUCGACGACGCUUCACUGCAGGACAAGGAAUGCAUCCUGGCGUCACUCAACAUCAAGUCCAUGCAGUUUGACGACAGCAUCGGGGUGUUGCAGGCUACCUCCCAAGGUUUCACCCUGCCAGGCAUGGACAGGUCCUCUCCUGAAAACAGUCCAGUUCACGGGGGGUUGUUCCGACAGGCUUCCAUCACAACAGGAGCCAACGUCCCCAUUAUCACUGAACUAGUGAACGACUCCAAUGUUCAGUUCCUGGACCAGGAUGACGAUGAUGACCCUGACACAGAGUUGUACCUCACUCAGCCCUUCGCCUGUGGGACGGCUUUCGCAGUCAGUGUGCUGGAUUCCCUGAUGAGUGCGACAUACUUCAAUGAUAAUAUCCUCACCCUGAUCCGGACGCUGGUAACAGGGGGGGCCACUCCGGAGCUGGAGGGUCUGUUGGCGGAGGAGAACGCAUUACGAGGAGGCUACAGCACGCCGCAGACCCUCGCUAACCGGGACAGGUGUCGUGUCGCACAGCUAGCCUUGUACGACGGGCCUUUCGCUGACUUGGGGGAUGGUGGUUGCUACGGUGACUUAUUUUGUAAAGCGCUAAAAACAUACAACAUGCUUUGCUUCGGAAUUUACCGAUUAAGAGACGCACAUCUAAACACACAAAGUCAUACAAGUCAAUGCACUAAACGGUAUGUAAUAACUAACCCACCGUAUGGUUUUGAGCUGGUGCCAUCAGACCUGAUCUUCUGCCUGAUGCAGUUUGACCACAACGCGGGUCAGUCCCAGGCCAGCCUCUCCCACAGCUCCCACUCCUCCCAUUCCUCCACCAAAAAGAGCUCCUCGGUCCAUUCUAUCCCCGCCACCAACCGCACUAACCGCGCCAAGAGCAGGGACUCACGGGAUAAACAAAAAAAAGACCUGGUUUACAGAUGAGCCUGAGAACGCGGCCUACCCCAGGAAGUCACACAGUAGUCACACAGCCAAUCACUAGGUCAACCAGAACCCUUACAAAUCCACCAACAACCUCAUCCCAUCCAUCAGAGAGGUGGAGGACGAAUGAUGAACUACAGAACCCUAUGUUGACACCUACAGUAGAACCCACCUGGAGAACACCUGGAACUAGAACCCAAGAACAGCUAGAACUCACCUACAGAACACCUGGAACUAGAACCCAAGAACAGCUAGAACCCACCUACAGAACACAUGGAACUAGAACCCAAGAACAGCUAGAACUCACCUACAGAACACCUGGAACUAGAACCCAAGAACAGCUAGAACCCACCUACAGAACACCUGGAACUAGAACCCAAGAACAGCUAGAACCCACCUACAGAACACCUGGAACUAGAACCCAAGAACAGCUAGAACCCACCUACAGAACACCUGGAACUAGAACCCAAGAACAGCUAGAACCCACCUACAGAACACCUGGAACUAGAACCCAAGAACAGCUAGAACCCACCUACAGAACACCUGGAACUAGAACCCAAGAACAGCUAGAACCCACCUACAGAACACCUGGAACUAGAACCCAAGAACAGCUAGAACCCACCUACAGAACACCUGGAACUAGAACCCAAGAACACCUAGAACCCACCUACAGAACACCUGGAAUUAGAACCCAAGAACAGCUAGAACCCACCUACAGAACACCUGGAACUAGAACCCAAGAACAGCUAGAACCCACCUACAGAACACCUGGAACUAGAACCCAAGAACACCUAGAACCCACCUAGAGAACACAUGGAACUAGAACCCAAGAACACCUAGAACCCACCUAGAGAACACAUGGCACUAGAACCUGAUCCAGUGGAACUGGAAUCUGAAAAACACCUUAAAGCUAGAAUCCUUAGUUGCUACAUCAAUGUAUGGACUUAUAAAUGAAUGAUCAAAACAUCAACGCUACAGAAUAAACUUGACGAGAAAGGACUAGCUUUUCCUAGUGCGUAUGUACAGUAGCUGCAGUAAUAUCAUAUCAACAUGCUUUUGGACAUGUUUUAUAGAUAUGAAUAUAUAAAUGAAGUAAUAUACAUAUAAAUGCAAUCCUAUGUCAGUCAAAUGUACAGUCAGUCAGUCACUAAUGCUAACACUCAGCCAUGUAGUUUGCACAGCCCGUUCCUUAGUGACCAGACUCCAUCAGUUACCCAUUUUGGAGAAUGAGGGUCGCUUCAGUCAGAGUAGCAAAGCAACGCAAUGCAAGAUUACAUAUGAUGACACAUUAUAAUAGAGUGUUAUGAAACUGGACUAAUUAUUUGCCAAUAAAAACAUAUACACUGUUGACUUUAAUUUGUACGAUGAUAUUUCAAGACUGACAUGUAUCCAGUAUUGGAAUGUUGUACUGUUUGCUUCCAUGGGUUUUUGGCAAACCUGGUAAUAUCCAAUACAAAACAAUGGUAUAUGAUAUGAGGGUCUUUUUUGUUAAAUGCAGUCCCACAUGAAUGAUAUUAUUUGCGGAUCGUUUGUGGAUCAUCAUUGAAUGAGAGUAAAUUCACUAUCUAUAUUUGUGAUUGAUUCUCAAGAGUUCAUGUCAAAAUGGUACAUGGUAUUGUAUUGGCCCCAGCCUUAUUUCGAUUGGCCAGUUUGUUUGUGUGACAGUAUGAUUCCUACCUUUUUAGUUUUGAUAUCAAUGUCCAACAACCUACAAAUGUUCGCUAUAUAUACAGGAAUAUGUGAUGUGGAUGGAAUGACACUGGAAAUAAAUAAUAAACCAUAUUCUCUAUUCAUUUGA